AUGGCCAGAAAGCGGCUUCCAGGAGUCCUGCACGGUAGGUCCUCGACCUCGCGGCAGCGUUUGUUAAGUUUUUGGUUUGUCACGGGUGUGGUUGCAGUUGCUGGCAGUUUGGCCUAUCAUUGUCCAGGUGUCACGCUGAGAUUCGUAGCUCCAGCGCCGAGGCCAGGUCCGCCGAAGGCAAGAUCGAUGCGCAUGUCGGCCAGCACCGACGCCAAGGCAACCACGGCCAUUCCUGGGCCCCUGCCGCUGACGGUCGGAGUUGGCACCUGCUUGGUGCCCGAGGACUCUCUUUUGCCAGACUUCUUGUCUCCACUUGCCAGCGUGCUUGGCAGAAACGUCUGCACUGUCCGCGAGCAGGUCGGGUGGGCAUUGUCCUUGGGAUAUCGGCUUGUCGACACCGCGUACAGAUAUGGUAACGAGGGGGGCGUUGGCCGGGCGCUCUCCGAGAGCUUCGCCGCGGGGGCUACCCGGCGGGAGGAUGUGUUCGUGACCACUAAGGUGUCCACAGAUGCGGAAAGCUACGCUGAUGCCCUGGAGUCAGUCGAUUAUUCUUUGGGUAAGCUCGGCCUUGAGUAUAUCGACUUGAUGCUCAUUCAUUGGCCUUGUUUCUCCAACACUCGCGAUCCAAGUGUCUGUCGGCAGAGGCGUUCCGAGAUUUGGCGAGGUCUCGAGCGUGCACAGGAUGAGGGCAAGGUCCAGCACAUCGGAGUUGCCAAUUUUGGCGAGAAGCAUCUACGGGAGUUGCUGGAGUACGCGCGCGUACGCCCCGCGGUGGACCAGAUUGAGGUGCACCCCUUCAACGCUCGUGCUCGGCUCGUAGACUUCUGCAGGGCAGAGGGGAUCCAGGUCAUGGGCUAUUCGCCCCUUGGUGGUCGCAAUGCCGGAGGCCCGGGCACUGGUCUGACCGACCAGCUGCUGGGCGACCCCGUCAUCGGCGGCGUGGCCGCGCGGCUUCGGAGGACGAGCGCACAGGUGAUCCUGCGCUGGGCGCUGCAGCGAGGCAUCACUCCCAUCCCGAAGGCCUCCAGCGAGGCGCGUCUCGCCGAGAACUUCGACGUGCUCGAUUUCGAGCUCGGGGAGGAAGACAUGGCUCGCAUCGGCUCUCUGGACAGGGGGGAGUUUGUGCUGUAUGACGCUGACGUCAUGCCUUGA